AUGGCGCUCCUUUACGGGAUAUUGUCAAUUGCAAUUUCUAUCCUCACAAUCCUUCAUUUCUACUCCCGGUUGGUCGCCCGAAGACCGAGAUUCCACGCUAAAGACGGGAAAUUCCGUGAUUUCGUUGAACAACAUGUUCCGAUUCUGCAGCAGAUCUACGAGCCAUGCUGGUGGUGUCCAUGGGGAAUCCCGCAAACACUGUUUCGCGUUCUUUUGAGACGCCUUCCAAAACUUCCGUUCGAGCGUGAGAUCGUAGAACUGAAUGAUGGUGGCUGUCUGGCUAUUGAUUGGCUGCACCCAAAGAAUGGGAACCAAGAUACCCCAAUCCUGUUGAUGCUUCCAGCUCGUAAAAUGGGUGCCGGCUUCAGCUUGGGUGGAAUGUCCCUCUUCAACUAUCUGAGUGCAAAGUGCAAGAAUACGGUGGGCCUCCAUGCCGCCAUGAUCAUCUCCUCGCCAUGGGACCCAAUCGAGGCGUCAUUUGUCAACGAGCGUUUCUGGCCUCGGAUCUUGUUCAACAAAUUUUUGGCCGGUGUUUUACGGGAUUACGUGAAGCCGUACAAGCAUCUAUUCGAAGACAAAUUUGACUGGGACCGAGCGAUGAAUUUGAAGAGCGUCCGAGAAUAUGACCAUUUUGUUACGGCACCACUUUUUGGGCAUAAUGACUGGGCAGAAUACUAUCACCAGGCCUCCCUAUAUCAUCAUCAUAAAAUCCAUGGCAUCCCGGUGCCGACAUUAUGCCUAAAUGCUCGAGACGACUGCUUCAGCCCGUUGUCUAGUAUUCCGUUUAAAGAGAUCCAAAACACAAAAAAUUUGGUGUCUGUGACGACAAAACACGGUGGCCACCUCGCUUUUAUGAGAUCUGGAAACCCAUCGGCUUUGGGACUCGACGAAAUGGCACUUUCUCAGUUCUCAGAUGCUCUGCUCAAUGGGGAUAUGGAUAUCCUUAUGGUGGAUACGGUGGAUACGGAGGAUAUGGAGGAUAUUAUGGCCGACCGUGGCAUCAUCAUCACCAUCAUCACCAUGGAUGGUGGGGACGCAAGUAGACGUGUCAUGUACAAA